GACAUAGAAUGUUUUCAUUGUUGACAGUUCGAUGACAAACACCGCCCAAAAACUUAAAUGUACGCUAUAAACGUGGGUGUGCCUAAUUAACUCUAACAUUUAAUAUUUCAUGACUCAAAAAGCACUUUUACGUUUGAGUUAAACGAUAAACAUGGUACUCUUGCAAGGAUUUUGGUCACCAUGUAUUUGGACGGAAGAUAUUGUGAAGGGCUCAAGAUACAUAGCAUUUUACGUUUCCGCAAUGAGCUUCGUCUUAAUAACUUUUAUCAUUUUUGAUAUGACCGGUGGUGACUCCACUCAACUUUACAACCCAUUAUUCGAAGCGGAUGUUCGUUUGUCCAUGCAAGUGAUUGGGACACUUUUCAUACUCUUUUUGUUAUUAUUAAUCGGGUUUUCUUAUUUAUUAACUGUUGGGAUGAACCGGAUGAAUAGAGGAUUGAUGAUUCCUUUCUUAUCAAGUUUUGGGACGUGUAUUAUGUUUCAGUUUAUUUUUGGGUUGUGGUUGUUGGGUGGAUAUUAUAUCUAUCUUCAAGUUGUGUUGUAUACUUUGAUAAUAUGGUCUUGGAUGGCUUAUAAUAUAUAUUGUUGGCUGGUCGUUUACACCCAGUAUAAAAUUUUUGAGAAAAUCCAAUCUCCAAAUAUUGAAUUAUUAAUUCCUUAAGUUGUUUUUUUUUUUUUAAUGGGAAUCCGUCCAAAAUUGAUUUGUAUUGUAAUAAAGAUCUGAUUUUUUUGAUAUACAAAUAUAUUUUUGUAAUAAAUAAAAAUUAAUUUUA